UCUUAAGUCAUCUGAAAUACUGUCCCUGUGAGUUCUUUAAGUCCCCAACCUGUACAUAAGAGAGAGGGGGAGAGACAGAGAGCAAGGGAUCAGGUAAAGCGCGGGGGCUGCUGCAGCUAUUCAGACUCAGGAGCUGGAUUUCACUGGGACUUCAGGUCUAUACAAUUUCACUGCUCCAAAAUGGCUCUUUUUUCACACAGAAGGAAAAUUGUCCAGGAUGCAGAAGGAAAUGAUGGCCAAAGACGAAGCUGUGCAUUUCAGCAUGAGUUUGAAGAGAACCCCUUCUUUUCCCCUCUCUGUGCAGCCUGUGGUUUCUCGAGAGAAAGUUCCCCAAAGACACCCCUUCCCAGAAGCCCUCCGGGGGCCUUUUUCCCAGUUUCGGUAUGAACCUCCCCCAGGAGUCCUGGACAGCUUCCCCGGGGUCUUUGAAGGAGGCCGCUCUCGGAAACGGAAGAGCGUGCCCACCAAGAUGCCUUAUAACCAUCCGGCAGAGGAGGCCGCUCUGGCCCUCCAGGCCACGGCCGCCGAGGAGAGCAAACCCCGUGGCCCGUCCAGCCUCCACGUGCUCUUCCCACAGCCCCAGCGCCCCAAGUUCGAUUCUCAGAUGAUCGACCUGUGCAACGUGGGCUUCCAGUUCUGCCGCACCCUGGAACACCUGGGUGGCAAAGCCUUGGUCAAGCAGGAGCCCGUGAAGCCCAGCACCCUGUGGUCCCAGCCCACACCGCCACCAUUUUUGCCCGCGUCAUACGCCUACUACCCCAAAGUGCCACCGGGCCUCCUGUUCCCCUUCUUCAUGCCCUCUUCAUCCUCCUCCCCGUUCCCCUUCAGCCGCCAUACCUUCCUGCCCAAGGCAUCUCCCGAGCCACAGGCGCCAAGGAAGAGCGAAGCCAUGGCUGAGAGCGAGGAAGCCAAGCAGAAAGUGGAGCGUGUGGACGUCAACGUACAGAUCGACGACAGCUACUACGUGGACGUGGGCGGCACGCAGAAGCGCUGGCAGUGCCCCACCUGCGACAAGUCCUACACCUCCAAGUACAACCUGGUCACCCACAUCCUGGGCCACAGCGGCAUCAAACCGCACGCCUGCACACGCUGCGGGAAGCUCUUCAAGCAGCUCAGCCACCUGCACACCCACAUGCUGACCCACCAGGGCACGCGGCCUCACAAGUGCCAGGUGUGCCACAAGGCCUUCACCCAGACCAGCCAUCUGAAACGACACAUGAUGCAGCACAGUGAAGUGAAGCCGCACAACUGCCGCGUGUGUGGCCGGGGCUUUGCCUACCCCAGUGAACUCAAGGCCCACGAGACCAAACAUGCCAGUGGGAGGGAGAACAUCUGUGUGGAGUGUGGCCUCGACUUCCCCACCCUGGCCCAGCUGAAGAGGCACCUCACCACGCACCGGGGUCCCGUUCAGUACAACUGCUCCGAAUGUGACAAGACCUUCCAGUACCCAAGCCAACUGCAGAACCACAUGAUGAAGCACAAGGACAUCAGACCCUACAUCUGCUCUGAGUGUGGCAUGGAGUUCGUGCAGCCUCACCACCUCAAGCAGCACUCCCUCACCCACAAGGGUGUAAAGGAGCACAAAUGUGGGAUUUGUGGGCGGGAGUUCACCCUGCUGGCCAAUAUGAAGAGACAUGUAUUGAUUCACACCAACAUCCGUGCCUACCAGUGUCACCUCUGCUAUAAGAGUUUUGUGCAGAAACAGACCCUCAAGGCACAUAUGAUUGUCCACUCAGAUGUGAAGCCUUUCAAAUGUAAGCUGUGUGGGAAAGAAUUUAACCGAAUGCACAAUCUAAUGGGCCACAUGCACCUGCAUUCUGACAGCAAACCCUUCAAGUGCCUCUACUGUCCAAGCAAGUUCACUCUGAAGGGGAACCUGACACGUCACAUGAAAGUCAAGCAUGGGAUUAUGGAGCGAGGCCUUCAUUCUCAAGGUUUGGGGAGGGGGAGAAUUGCCCUAGUGCAAACUUCAGGGGUCCUGAGGAGUUUGGAACAGGAAGAGCCCUUUGAUCUGUCCCAGAAGCACCAGGGGAAGAGACCAGCAUUCCAGUCAGAUGGGGAGAGUGCUAAGGGCAGCUCCUUCAAUGAGGAGGAAGAAGAGGUGGAUGACAACUGUUAUGAGGCAGAGAAUGACAGCCAAGACCUGGCCCAUCAGAGCACACAACCUUGCACACCCCAGGAUCUACUCACCAAGCCUGCACAGGGCCCCGAAGCAGAUAGGGACACCAGUAAGGAGGAGAAAAAGGACAACCUGAAAGGAGAAGGUCGGAAAGAGAUCAAGGACAAUGUUGGGCCAGAAAUCGGCCAGGAAAGAGAGUUUGCACGCAGGGAGGAGUGUCUCAGCCUCAGGCCUCUACAAAGCACUAGGAGGGGUCUCUCCUUCCCUGAUUAUUUGUACUUCAAGCACAGAGAUGAGAGUUUAAAAGAAUUACUGGAGAGGAAAAUGGAAAAACAAGCAGUGCUUUUAGGCAUCUAAGUGAAUAGUUUUAAAAUUUCAUUUGGAAACUGAGAACUAGGUAGUUCAAAUAUAGCUUUCUACAUGAGUUGUCACUUGCUGGAGAUGAAUAAAUGGUGCCCACUUUUACAAAUGGCUUAGACUAAAGAGGCAGGGACUAACUGAAGUAAUGCAAAUGUUUCUCAGGUCUCUCAUUGGGGCCUUGAUUUUUAACACAUGUGCAGGAUCUUAUUCAGUAUUACUUCAUAUAUUUCUAACAUAGUUAACUGUACAUAUAUUUCUAGGUAUCUUUUUGUAAAAUGAUGCAGAGGUGCUCCUAGAAAUUCUAUUUUAUCUUGACUAAAAUACAGCACAUGGUAAAUUUCUUUCUAGCUGCAAAAAUAUGGUGCUUGACAUUUUGCCUUACUAACUGAAUUUGUGAGUUGUAGUGUUUUUCAAGUAGAUGAGAAUACUAGUAGUUGUACAUAUAGAGUUGCCUUUAUUACAUUGUCAAUUCCAGAAAUGACACAAGAGAGUGUGCUAUUGAAGAGGAUAUUUUCAAGUAGUCACUGUAGAUAUAAAACAAAAUUUUAAGAGAAUACAAUUAUUUUUCAGUAAGGUGAAAUCAGUAAUACUUGGACCCCUGCCUGGGUUUGUUUGGUUCAUCUUUAGCUGCCUUCAUAAAACAUGACAUCAUGGAUAUAUUUUUAGAUUGCCCAAUAGUGUUGAGAGCCUUCAGGCUUACCCCCUGGCUUCAUGAACAGAAAAUCUUCCUGGAAUCUUAUUCCAAGGCUUUAUCCAAAAAAAAAAAAAAAAAAAAAUCCAAGAGAGUUGUCACCAGUCAGUGAGCACUGAGCUUUACCUCAGUGUUGGAGAAAGAUGAGGAAGGAAUUCUUCCUAAAACCUAAUCUCUUAUGUAUUAAAGUAUUACAACAGCCUUUGGCUAACCCUUACAGUAGUAUUCUCAGUGAUACCUGUACUUUAGAAUCAACUUGAGCACCUUUGUAAAAAAGAUUAAUGCUAGGGCCUCACCCUCUGAGACCUGAUUUAUAUUAUUUAGAAGUGAAACCCCAGCAUUCGUAUUUUCCAAAUUGCUCCAGAUGAUAUUCUUAUGUGCACUUUGAGUUGAAAAAGCAUGACUGAACUAAAAUAAUGAUCCCAGGUCAACUCUUCCCCCUGAGCUCCACAAAUAUUACUAUUCUUUGCUUUACAUUAAUAUAGAGAACAGAAGAUCUAUAAAUCAGAAUGUAAUUUAGGUCUUCUUACUUGUACUGUAAGAGUCUCACAAGGGGAAAUAUACACUGUAUAAACAUAUAUUUUGUUCUAGAAAUGAUGCCAGUGAUGUUUGUGGUCACUUGCUAUGUUUAAAAAUGCUUAAUAUUUCUAGAUGCUUGAGUCAUGAAUCCAGUGAGUGGUGAUGGCUGCAUUGGGUUGAGCCCAGCGGGUAGCCUUUCCUUAGGCACUGGCACCAAAGAAAGGAGUACUGAGGGAUGUUACAUCCCAGUGUAACCAGAAGCAGGGAUCCUCUGACACUGUGUCUGUAUUUAUGUAAAAACUCAUUCUUGGUUCAUAGUUUCAGUUCGAAUUUGUAGUGUUAGGUACUGUUUAUUACUAUGCUUCCUCUCCUGCCAAAGGUCCUGGUUCAUUUAUUGAGAAGUUUUGUUCCAUCUCUGAUAGCUGGGUGCUGGCUUUUUUUUUUCCUGUGGACCAGGGUGCUUCACUCUCAGCCUCAUAUAAUCCUCUAAUUCAUUCAGUGUACUUCCUUAAAUCCCUGAUGCAUUUCUCCUCCCAUCUUGCCUAAAACUCCCUCCUUUAUUCUUAUUGCCACUGCUAAGUGCCACAGCUGCUUAUAUUUCUGACCGCCAAGUCAUGGCCUGAGCUUACAGCACCUUCAGAAGGCAUGGUGUGGGUAAUAGGAGUUUCUGCAGUUAAAAGCACAACACUGGACAGAGAACCUGUUUCAGAUACUCAGAGGGAUAGCUUGCCUUCCAUUCAUUAUUAAUGUCACUCAUCAAUGCCUCUUAUAAAAUUGUCUGGAAAACCAGGGUCAUGUGCUUCUAGCUAUUAUACUUUCAGUUCCAUAUUCAUUCUUUCAACAGACAUGUGUUGAAGACCUAAUAGAAGGCCUGCAGACUUCAAGUUUAUUCUGGGUAUGACCUGUUAGAGUCAGAACCAGGGAAUCCAGAAUAAGCUGACUCCUAGACUUUUCCAAACAAAGUAGGUCAUGUAGGAAUGUCUGUGGAGCCAAUCAAUGUUGAGAUGAAGAGAGUAUGGUCUAGAACAGUGACAUUCCAAUUGUCUUCUGAGAAGCUAAAGGUACCUUUUAGGAUCUUCCAUAGUUGGUAGGGGAGAAGGAGAAACUUUUAGCCCUCAUGCUCACACCAUUCAAAACAGAUCAAGUUUUAUUUCUUUUAUAUGUUAACAUUCAACUAAAAUUUAAUUUGUAGGGAGGGUAAAAAGUUUAUAAAGAGUGAUAACAUUUGCUAAGAGUGUUCAAAGCCUGUUAUUAGGUCUUGUCUCUGGAUAUGUUUCUUUUUUUAAUUUAUUUAUUUUUAAUGACAGACACAGAAAGAUACACACAGAGAGCAACCAGAGUAUUGCUCAGUUCUGGUUUAUGGUGCUGUUGGGGAUUGAACCUGGGACAUUGGAUGGGUAUGUAUUUUAAUUAGAUCUCUAUUAAUAGUUAACAUAAUCUAACACUUUGAGAACUUGGUUAUGCACACCGAGUGACCAGCAUGCUGGUUGGCCUAGGGGCAGUUCCGCUUUACAUCUGUUGUCUCAAAAUUCAUAGUGUCAUUUUAAUUAUCUCAAGUCUUCCGAUAUGGGAGAUAAAUUAUAUUGACACCAUUUGCUUAAGUGCUGAGUUAAGGAAUGGUUAGCCAGCCUUGUCCAGUGAGCAAACUAACAAAAAUGCAAAGCUGAAGGAUUGCAAACCAGGGUCAUCCUCAGAGAAUUAAGAUAUAAAACCAUCCAAGGUUGUCACACUGCUAAAGCCAGGAGAGCAUGACAUUUUAAAAAAUCUUUAUUUAUAAAAUGGAAACACUGAUAAGACCAUAGGAUAAGAGGGAUACAAUUCCACACAGUUCCCACCACCAGAGGUCCAUAUAUCAUUCCCUACCCUGAUAGCAUGACAUUUAUCAGACUGUGACACUUUGAAAAUAAGUCACUACAAAAUGCUUUCCAGGCUUUUGACCACUGUCACCAGCCAACAAACCUUAACUGUCAUAUUUUUCUUUUAUUGAGACUAUAACUAUACUCUUCUCUUUGUCUUUCAAUUCCUCUUUCAUUCUCUCUUUAAAAAAAAAAUUGACUUCCAAUUGGCCAUGAGACUGAGGCUGACCAUUCAUAACUCUACCAGAGUAGCUGAUAUAUUUGUAUAUGAGUAGUUGCAUGAGAAAACCCAAUGUGCAUACUGUAUUUAUUAAGCUGCUAAGGCAUUUAAUAAAUAUUAACAUCAUGUUUUGAA